CUCGGCGAUUGUUCGAGUUUGUUGUUGCCGGUAAUGGCGAUAAUUCUCACGUAGAUUGCGAGUUGGAAGUUGGGAACUUUGAAAUCAAGUAGCAGUCAGUAAACAGUGAUAAGUGUAGAAGUAUCUUAAACGUGCAUGGCUCGGCUGCUUGACGCUCGCAGAAAAAGGUGAGGACAGAUGAGAGGAACGGGAGUUAAGUGUCGUCGAAUGUCUGCGUGAAUGCGGCCGCACCGGACCACCAUUAUCCAAUGUAUGCGACAAGAUAUUUAGGAGGAAAACAGAAAAUUGAAGUGAAAAUGGCAGCGCCAGUACCUUUAUGGAAAUUAGCUGCUGCUAGCGGUCCAUACGUGAAGCUUGCAGCUCUCAGCGGUGCAGCGGCCGUGAUCCUUGGCGCACUUGGAUCCCACCGACAUUACUCUAAAGAUGAGAUAGGGCAGGAACAACGCCGAAUCUUCGAAACGGCGAAUCGAUAUCAUUUUAUACACACUUUGGCCCUGCUAGGAUUACCGUUAUGCAAGUUCCCAGUCUUGGCUGCAACUUUUAUGCUCUCCGGAAUUAUACUGUUCUGUGGAAGUUGUUACUAUACUGCAUUUACCAACAACAGGCGAUUUAGUUCAACGACGCCAAUCGGGGGAUUUUGUUUUAUACUGGCGUGGUUCAGUAUGUUCUUGUAAAUAUUGCUGUAAAAAUAAGUGUUUUUCGUACAAGGAAGUAAAUAAGAAAUAAGCAACACAAUGCGCAAUAUAUAUAUAUAAAAAAAAAAUGAAAAUAAUAAUACUUGGUAACAUUAAAAAUGGAUGGUUAAAGAUUUACAGAAAGAUUUAAAAAAAAAAAAAUAAGACAACUUUUAAAUAUAAAUAUUA